UCUCCCUCCCCCGUUUUCUGUUUCCCCCCCUUACUGGCGAGCGUGCUGAGCGAAAUACUUUUUGUGCAAGUGUGCGUGCGUGUUGUUGUUUUUUUUUUUUUAAGAAUGGGGAAAUGAAAAGGAACCUCCUUCCGGGUUGCCGUUUGCUCUUUCCUAGCCGGUUUUCCGCCUUUUCAAGGACUGUCAACUCACCUUCCGAAAACAGAAUCCCCCUUUUUCACUGCUGGGGUGUGUAAACUUUCGACUUCCAGUUUGACUGCACAUUUCCACACCGCCGUCUCGCGUCUGCGUCUGCGCAGCGGUGAGUCAUGACGUCGGAGGAGGGGGAUGGCGGCGGCGGCGUGGCGGUGGAGAUCGGCGAGGCGUACAGGAACCCCACGGAAGUGAAGAUGAGUCAGAUCGUGCUGCCUUGCCACUCCAAUCACUGCGGCGAGCUGAGCGCCGGCCAGCUGCUCAAGUGGAUGGACUCCACCGCCUGCCUGUCAGCCGAGCGACAUGCAGGCUGCUCCUGCGUCACCGCGUCUGUGGACGACAUCCAUUUUGAACACACCAUCGGGGUGGGAAACGUCGUCACCAUCAUAGCCAAGGUCAACAGAGCCUUCACAUCCAGUAUGGAGGUUGGCAUUAUGGUGACAUGCGAGGACCUCUACACUGACACUCACUGGAGGGUUUGUCAAGCAUUCGCCACCUUCGUGGCCAGGAGGACGGAAACGGGAAAGGUGCAGCUGAAGCCGCUGACGCCGCACACGCAAAUGGAGCAGAUGGAGUACAGCUUGGCGGCGGAGCGGAGGCGGAUGAGGCUCAUCCACGCCGAGAUCAUCACGGACCUGCUGAGCAGCAGCACGGCGCAGCUGGGAGAAUGCCAGGAGUACCAGGACGCCGUGCCCGCCGAGCGCACCCGAGUGGAGAGCGUGGAGCUGGUGCUGCCGCCCCACGCCAACCACCAAGUCAGCACCUUCGGGGGCCAGAUCAUGGCUUGGAUGGAGAACGUUGCCACCAUCUCGGCGAGUCGCUUGUGCAAUGCCCAUCCCACCCUGAGGAGCAUCGACAUGUUCCACUUCCGUGGGCCGUCCCACAUUGGCGACCGGCUGGUGCUGAAGUCUAUCGUGAACAAUGCCUUCAGGCACAGCAUGGAGGUGGGUGUGUGCGCUGAGGCCUACCAGGGUGACGAGCCUCAGCGUCAUAUAAAUAGCGCCUUUAUGACCUUCGAGGUCCUGGACGCUGAUCGGAAACCACGCACGCUGCCACGGAUACGGCCUGAGCCUGUGGACGGGAAACGGCGUUAUCAAGAAGCGAUCGCCAGGAAGAAGAUCCGCCUCGACAGGAAAUACAUCAUCUCGUGCAAGCAAACCGAAGCUCCCCUGUCGGUACCCUGGGAUCCGAGUAACCAGAUGUACCUGAGCUACAAUAACGUCUCUGCGCUGAAGCUAAUGGACACCGUAAACAACUGGGUGUUGACCUCGGAGAAAAACAACGUCAGGCUGUACACGCUGGAGGAGAACCAGAUGCUGUGCUUCAAAGUGGAGAUGAACGUGAGCGUCUCGGCCCAACAGACGUUCCACCUGCUGUCCGACCUCCGGAGGAGGAAAGAGUGGGACCGGCAUUAUCAGGCGUGCGAGGUGAUCAUGCAGGCGGACGAGGACGACACCAUUUACCGCGUCAAGACGCCCUCCGUCCGGAAAGGGGGCAAAGGCCAGGACUUUAUCUUGCUGGCAUCUUGUCGGAAACCGUGCGACGUCAGGGACCCGUAUCUGAUCGCUCUCCGCUCAGUCACGCUGCCCACUCACCCCCCGACUGCAGACUACGACAGGGGGGAGGUGCUCUGCGCCGGCUUCACGAUCUUGGAAGAGUCCGUCGCGGUCACCAAGGUUCUGCAGUUGUUUUUCUUUUCAAGUCACCUACUACAAUCAGGCCACACCAGGAGUUCUUCCCUACAUCUCUACGGACAUUGUGGGACUCUCCUCGUCGUUUUCCAGCGCUUUUUCUGCCUGCAGUGACUUCCUGGAGGCCAAUAAGAAGAAUUUGACCGAAAACGCAGACAAUGCGACCUCUCUGCAAAAGGAACCAUAGGACUGUAGUCUGUCUUUCACACUCAUGUUGUGUUCUUAGAUAGCACAGUGGCGCUUAGUCUUUAAAUCAAGGGUGUCAAACUCAUUUUUGUGUCGGGCCACAUUGUAGUCGGGGUUACCCCCAGAGGGCCGUUAUGACCGUGAAAGCAUAAAAAUCUUUAACCGCUUCGUCAUGUUCGCACAUGAAAUUUCUGGACUAGUUUUGGAAUCAGAAAUCAAUCAUUUGACAUUUUGGUACAGAUUUGACGUCGAUACGCAUGAUUUGCCUUUGCGGGCCACAUAAAAUCAUGUGGCGGGCCGGAUCCGGCCCCCGGGCCUUGAGUUUCGACACCUGCGCUUCAAAUGCAGUUUUGAAUGUUUUCACCUCAAAUUUGCGGGGAAAACGGACAAGGAAACGCAUUGCGUGGGAUGUGUAGUCGAGCCCGGCGUGUUUUAGGAGGAGGAAGCACAAUUAUUGUGAAGCCUCUCGUGGUUUUUAGGAAAAUUGACUGGAAGUCAGGAAAAAUAAAAUCGUGCAAUAAUGAAUAAUCCAUUAGAUUUUUAUUUUCCUAUUACGUUUUAUUUGGGGAAUUGCUGUAAUUAUUGCUUGUGAUUGUUUGUGUUUAAGCGUAAUUUGGCUUUAUAUUUUAAACUGCAAUGGCCCACUCAUUUACACGUGUUAAUAACACAAUAAUAAACAUUUUAUAGCAGGA